GCAGUUCAGAAAGCAUUCUGGUAAAACAAUCUUUUUUUCUUUCUUUCUUUGGGAUAUACAGGCUUAAUUCUUGGCUUCAUCACAGACUUCUUGAGUGAGCUCAGGUUAGCAGAUGGCAGCACAAUGUGUAACAAAGGUGGAACUGACCAUCUCCUGCAACAAUCUCCUGGAUAAAGAUGUUGGUUCAAAAUCAGACCCCUUGUGUGUACUUCUCCAUAAUGCAAGUGGGCAACAGUGGUAUGAGGUUGAUCGCACAGAAAGAGUUAAGAAUUCCUUGAACCCAAAGUUCGCCAAGAGGUUCCUAAUUGAUUACUACUUUGAGCUGGUUCAGAAGUUUAAAUUUGGGAUUUAUGACAUUGAUAACAAAACCAUCGAUUUAAGUGAUGAUGACUUCCUGGGAGAAUUUGAAUGCACUCUUGGCCAAAUCGUCUCCAGCAAGACACUGACAAGGCCACUUAUGCUUAAAAAUGGAAAACCUGCAGGGAAAGGAAGCAUCACGCUUACAGCAGAAGAAGUAAAGGAUAACAGAGUGGUCUUAUUCGAAGUAGAAGCAAGAAAACUAGAUAAUAAGGAUUUUUUUGGAAAGUCAGAUCCUUACUUGGAAUUCCACAAGCAGACGUCAGAAGGGAACUGGGUGAUGGUUCACAGAACUGAGGUUAUAAAAAAUAACUUGAAUCCUGUAUGGAAGCCCUUUAAAAUUCCUCUCAAUUCUCUGUGUUACAGUGAUAUGGAUAAAACAAUCAAGGUAGAGUGCUAUGACUAUGACAGUGAUGGGUCUCAUGAUCUCAUAGGGAGUUUUCUAACCACGAUGUCAAAACUUAAGGAAUCUUCUCGAUCCUCUCCGGCUGAAUUUGAAUGUAUCAAUGAGAAGAAAAGGCAAAAGAAGAAAAACUACAAAAAUUCUGGUGUUGUGAGUGUGAAACACUGUGAGAUUAUAGUCGAAUGCACAUUCCUUGACUACAUCAUGGGAGGAUGUCAGCUGAAUUUCACUGUGGGGAUAGAUUUUACAGGCUCCAAUGGGGACCCUCGCUCACCAGACUCUCUACAUUACAUCAGUCCUAAUGGGGUUAAUGAAUACUUGACAGCCAUUUGGUCUGUAGGAAUGGUUAUUCAGGACUAUGAUGCAGAUAAAAUGUUUCCAGCCUUUGGAUUUGGUGCACAGAUUCCUCCUACCUUUCAGGUAUCUCAUGAGUUUCCAUUAAACUUUAACCCAUCAAACCCAUUCUGCAAUGGAAUCCAAGGCAUCAUUGAUGCAUACCGGGCCUGCCUUCCUCAAGUAAAGUUAUAUGGACCAACCAAUUUUUCUCCAAUAAUAAACCACGUGGCUAGAUUGGCUAGUGCAGCUGCACAGCAACAGACAGCAUCACAAUAUUUUGUGCUCCUCAUCAUCACGGAUGGUGUGAUAACGGACCUUGAUGCAACCAGAUCUGCCAUAGUUAAUGCUGCAAAGCUUCCCAUGUCGAUUAUUAUUGUUGGUGUUGGAGGAGCGGAUUUCAGUGCCAUGGAGUUUCUUGAUGGUGACAAUGGAAGUCUCAGGUCCCCGACUGGAGAGCCAGCUGUCAGAGACAUUGUCCAAUUUGUGCCAUUUAGACAGUUCCAAAAUGCUCCCAAAGAAGCUCUGGCUCAGUGUGUCCUAGCAGAAGUGCCUCAGCAAGUGGUAAACUACUUCAGCACAUACAAAUUGCAGCCUCCCAAGAAUCCUGCGGCAAAGUGAGCAAGAACUGAGAGAGGCAAGCGAGGCUAAGCCAAUUGGAAUUGCUGCGACUCCCACAUGUCAGUGGACUUCGGUCUUGAGAAUUUUUUUUUAUUCAUUCAUUCAUACAUGUUAAUGUCUCUUAGUUUUUGCAUGGAAACCUGUACUUGUCCGGGCUUUUUUUUACGUCCAAGACAAAGAUAUAUUGCUGUUUAAUACUUUAAUGUUAAUAAUGAUAAAGGCCUCAGCCGGGUGAAUGUUAGAAAAUAACUUUUCAAGAAGUAAGUUGAAUAUGAAAAUCAUGAACAGACUAUGCGAAGUUCUUGAGUGUGAUACAGCUGCUUUGUACUGCAGGAUGGGUGUUUCCUGGGUUUUUUUAGUAUUGUAGAACUAAAGUUGCAAGGAGUGCCUACAGAAAAUGGUAUCUGGCUGGGAUAUGUACAUAAUCUUCUAGCCUGGAUUGCUUUUCAGGACCCUGUGGCUGUUACAGGCUGGCAUAAGCUGAAGUACCCUUAAUGCACAGUGUGCUGCACCAUAAUUGGAGCAUUGCAGAAGCAAAGCUUUAAACACACAGUUGCACACUGCCUCCUUAUUUUCCCUUUUUAGUUCUUCUUGGUCCCUCCAGUCUCAAUAUUAAUAAAAUGGAUGAAGCAAUUAACACAGGCUGCAUAAUGUGGAGCAUGCAGUUUAACACUGCAAGUCUUAUAGAUUCAGCCAUCUACUUUUAGUCUUGGUAGCCUUCUAAAUGAUUAAAAAAAACAAAUGCAGUUGGCCUUCAGUGCAGAUGCUGAAAAGGGUUUAAGAUUUGUAUGAAAUUAUACUGUACUGGAAAACUGCAAAAGCAAAUCACUUUCUGGAAAACUAUCACGUGACUAUUUAUUCACCUUGGUUAAAGAAGAAAAAAUUAUUCAUGAAUUUUAAGUCACUUUUAUAUAUUUUUUUGUAAUUGUAACUUCUUAUAUAAAGAAAACUUUUGAAAGCUACAAAAAGUGCCAUUUUAACCUGUUUUGUGCAGGUCUUUAUAUGUUCCCUAGUUAGCUUUAAAGUAACUGAUCUUUUAUUUUUCUGGUGGUAUUUUCUCAAAUACAGUGUAUUACUGGUGACCUGCAAUUUUUUUUUUUUAUUUUGCUUUGUGUCUCUUGUUUGCUCCUGCUAUACCUAGAAGUCUGAAAAAUCUUAGAAAAGCUUCUCUGCUUGCAUUUUUGAAAAUCUUUGUCACGGAUAUCAAGCCUGAUAUUUUUGGUUUUGCUGGAGGUCUCUAAUGUAAAUUUUGACCUCUCAUUUUAGCAGAAGGAGUGGGGAUUUGUAUUAAUAUCCUCUCAUUCUUUUCAAGCAUCAGUCAAGCGUUAGUAUUAAUAAACAGUGAGUUUUAAACAGUCUGAUUUUUACUCUAAAUCCUGACUCUCAUACUCAGCUUUCACAGGUUUGUCUCCUGUGAUAUGCUAAUUUUUGUUUGUUUUUCAAUUGCAAUAGGGCAGAGAGAACUAGAAUUUGUAAGGUGAGAAACAGGAAGGGACACCUUUU